AUGCAAUUUCCAUUUGGCUACCUAGCAACAAAGCCAAACAGCGAAUUAAUUGACAACAUCACACAGAGCGUUGGGCCUUCAGAACUGGUGGAGAUGUCGUUAAAGACGCUGCCGCUGCUGUACCUCAAUAUGGGUGGCGAGAUGUGCUACAUUUUGGAUCAACGAUUGAAAGCUCAGAACGUGAAGCCUGAACGGUCUCGCCGAGUGAUGAACGAUAUCAUAUCGACUCUAUUCAACUCGAAUUUCCUGCGAAAACUGUUCGAGCCACAAGAAAUGCACAGCUGCAACGGGCUGCGAUUGCUGUUCGAUCGAGUGGCUCAUUCGAGCAUCAUGCGCCUCAGCCCAAGCAGCACCGACAAGCUGUUCGACUUAAUGACCAUGAUGGUCAAAUAUCAGAUCCAGUGCUCGGCCAGUCCGUAUUACACGUUGCUGGUGACCAUGAAUCAUCUGGACGGCAUGCGCCGGCUGGUGCAGAAUUCGCCGAAGAUCCAGAUGCAGAUAGACAACGCGUACGACCUGUUAACCAUCAACUAUUUCAGCAUGAACUUCUCGGAAUUGAUGCUUCUGAGACAAACCAUGCUGAACUUCUUCCAAGAGUUCCGCGUGAAAAUUAGCGUCCUUCUGAAGGAAGGACAACAACGUCAAGAUGGCAGAUUUGUCAUACCCCUGAACACCGAAAUUCCCUAUGGCGUUUCGAAACCUGGCAUCAUCAAGUAUUUUGGGAAAGCCAAGCAGACGAAACGGUCUUCGUUCGAAGCUGGUGCAACGUACCUUGAGCGACGAAGCGAAGGCAACAUCGAACGGAUCGUGAAAAACGGAGACAGAGGAACGGAACUCGGCAAGAAUGUCUAUAGUCAGGACGAGAGUGGUCAUGGUACCGACGUCUUCUCUUUCCAAAGAAUGAGAAAGCGCGAAAGUUUAGCCAAGGAAGAACUAACGCUGCUGGAGUACCUUGUCGAUUCAGGUGACCGUUUUGUACUUCAGCAACUUUCUAGCCUUGAAGCCACCAAAACAAACAUGUACUGUCACUGA